AUGGCGGAGGCGCUGGGAGCUCUGUUGGAGGCCAGCUUGGACCCGCGACGGAACAAAGAAGCUGAGAAUGCUCUUCGUCAAGAAGAGCAAAAGCCCGGCUUCUCGAUCCAGCUCCUCCACAUUACUGCGUCGGACUCCUCCCCCAACAACAUCCGCCUAGCGAGCGCCCUUUGCUUCAAAAAUUUCAUCAAGAGAAACUGGGUGAACGAGGAUGGUGAAUAUAAGUUGCCGCCGGAUGAGGUAGUGACCAUUAAGCGAGAACUCAUCUCCUUGAUGAUCUCAGUGCCUCCUGCGAUUCGUACCCAACUGGGCGAGGCCGUCAGUGCAAUUGCUGACAGUGACUUCUGGGAGCGCUGGGAUACCCUCGUGGAUGAUCUCGUUUCCAAGUUGGACCCGUCAAACCCAAGCGUCAACGUGGGUGUGCUGCAGGUUGCACACUCGAUUUUCAAGAGAUGGCGCCCUCUCUUCCAGUCCAAUGAACUCUACACCGAAAUCAACCAUGUUCUGAACAAGUUUGGAAAUCCAUACUUAGCUUUGUUCGAGGGACUCGAUAACUACUUAGAGCAAAAUAAGAACAACAAAGAAAACUUGAUUCAAGGGUUCACUCAACUGAAUCUUAUGGUUAAGCUUUUCUACGAUCUUUCCUGCCAUGACCUUCCUCCGAUGUUCGAAGAACACAUUUCCUCGCUCGCAUCUAUCCUGCACAAAUAUUUGACAUAUGACAACCAACUACUUCAUACCAGUGAUGAUACCGAGGCUGGACUGCUGGAGUAUGUUCGUGCUGGGAUCUUCGAGGAUUUGACUCUGUAUGUCAAGAAGUUCAUGGAUGCUUUCGGACCACUUGUUGGCCAAUUCAUCCAGAGCUCGUGGGGCCUUCUGACCACGAUUGGCCAAGAGACUAAGUACGACAUCCUCGUCAGUCGUGCCUUGACUUUCUUGACCUCUGUUGCUGCUCUGCCCGAGCAUGCUGCGGCUUUCCAGGCAGACGAGACCUUGAGCCAAAUCAUUGAGAAGGUCAUUCUGCCUAACGUAAGUCUCCGUGAAUCGGAUGAAGAAUUAUUCGAGGAUGAGCCCAUUGAGUUCAUUCGACGCGAUUUGGAGGGAUCAGACAGUGAGACUCGUCGCCGUGCUGCGACUGAUUUCCUUCGCUGCUUGGCCGAAAAAUUCGAAGAAUCGGUCACAAAGGUUGUCCUGAAGUACAGCGAGCACUACCUGGCAGAGUAUUCCAAAGACCCUGCUUCCAGCUGGAAAUCGAAAGACACCGCGAUUUAUCUCUUCUCCGCUGUCGCCGCCAAGGGUGUCGCAACUGCCGCGCACGGUGUUACCGCCACGAACAAUUUGGUUAGCAUCACGGACUUUUUCCAGCAGCACCUUGCUGCGGACCUGAUUGCGGAUGAUGGGGUCCACCCUAUCCUCAAGGUGGAUGCUAUUAAAUACCUUUACACUUUCCGAAGCAUCAUCACAAAGGAACAGUGGCAGCAGGUUCUUCCUGUCCUUGUCAAACACCUGGCCUCUUCGAACUACGUUGUGUAUACCUACGCUGCGAUUGCGGUAGAGCGGGCCUUGUUUCUCAGCGAUGCUCAGCAGGGACCCCGCCCCGAGAAGGUUCAAGAGAACGAGUUCUUGAUGCGAUGUGUGAUGCGUGUUCUGGUCGUGAUUCGGGAUGGUGUUGUGCCAUUCUCCGAUCUUGCCCUACAACGCUUCAUCACCAUCACUCAGAUCAUUAGCGCUAACCCCAGCAAUCCUCGCUUCUACUACUUUUUCUUCGAGGCUCUGGGUGCUUUCAUUCGCUACUCUGCGCCUGCUGAACCCGGCAAGCUUGAACAAGCACUUUACAGUCCAUUUGCGGCCAUCCUGCAGGGUGAUGUGCAAGAAUUCAUGCCUUAUGUCUUCCAGCUUUUCGCUGCUCUUCUGGAGGCUAAUCCCUCAAGUACUUUGCCACCUUAUUUCCAGGAGCUCAUUGGUCCCAUUUUGAUGCCUGUCAUGUGGGAAUCCCGUGGAAACAUCCCAGCACUGGUCCGCUUGCUAUCUUCCAUCAUCCCCCGUGGGUCGCAGUUCAUCCUGGAAAACAACCAAAUCGAGCCGAUUCUGGGUAUUUUCCAGAAGUUGGUCUCGACCAAGGCUAACGAAGGUUACGCGUUUGAUUUGUUGGAAACUGUUGUGGCCAGCUUCCCACCUGCCGCUCUGGAGCAAUACUUCGUCUCGAUCAUGCAGAUUAUUCUCCACCGUCUGCAAAAUUCGAAGACAGAAAACUUAUCUCUCCGCUUUGUUCGAUUCUACCAUUUCGUCACGGCCCAUGAUGACAAAGGAUACUCCCCUGACUUCAUCAUGCAAGUGACCGAGAAAGUGCAAACCGGCCUCUUCACCCAAGUGUACCCUCACGUCAUUCUCCAGGAGACCCAAAAGCUUGCGCGUCCCUUGGAUCGAAAAACAGCGGUCCUGUCACUGACCAAGACCCUUGCCAAUUCGGAUGCCUUUGCCACCCGAUUCAUCAAAGGCUGGGCCUCCACCUGCAACACUCUUCUCAAGGUGCUGGAGCUUCCGCCUGCAGUUGCUCACAAGGACGAUCUUAUGACGGAAGUCGAUAUCGAGGACAUGUCCUUUGGGGUUGGAUUCACGGCCUUGAGCACCAUCAAGACCGGAGACAAAGAUCCGUGGCCCGAGACUGGUGCCGACCUGAAGAAGUGGGUCGGUGCUUAUCUCAAGGAAGCCGACAAGACGCAUAACGGCCGGAUUUCGCAAUUCGCCGGGGAACGUCUUGAUGACCAGGCCAAGGCUGUGCUCGGUAGCUACAUCUCUUGA